UAAAUAUCACUAAAUAUUUACCUAACUUUGGCAAACUGACUAUCAAAAUUUGCUCACAUGGCUCAGGACUAGAAGUGCUGCAUAGGAGAUAAAAGCAGAUUUAUCAAAAAUAUCAACUGAUAGAAAUCUGCUUUGGUUUGAACAAUUUGAGAAGGAAACCGCUUCAUUUUUUAAAAAUUGAAGAAUGGCUUUGGCAGCUUUUCAAAUACCAGCAUUGCUUCUUGUUUUUCUGAGUUUUAUAUUUUUACUUGCUACUACUGUAUCCAGCAACUGGAGAAUAUCAAGUAUAGUCAAUACUACAAAUUGGAAGUAUGAAGGUCUAUGGAUGAAUUGCAAUACUACUUCAUUGGGUUCCAUUCAGUGCAAUAAAUUGUACUUCUUCUUAAGUUUAGACACUUUUAUUCAUGUAUGUCAAGCCCUGAUGAUUACAUCCCUGGUGUUGGGUAUGUGCGGAACUCUGCUGGCAUUGCUUGGUUUGAGAUGCACUCAGCUUAGUUUCAGUGAUAAAAGAACAAAAGGAAGGAUUUCCAUAAUGAGUGGAAUGAUAUUUGCUUUGGCAGGUGUCUCAUCAAUGGUUGCUCUUUCGUGGUAUGCAGUAAAUAUCAUAACUGAGUCUUUUGAUCCUUUGUAUGCUGGAACAAAACAUGAACUGGGAUAUGCACUGUAUCUAGGUUGGACUGGUUCCCUUCUUUCCAUAGUUGGUGGGAUCCUGUUGACAUGUUCAUCAUGCAAAGGAAAUCAAAAGUAUUUAAGAGAACAUGGAUAUCAUUAUGCAGCUUCAGGAACAGUUAAUGAACCACAAAUUUACAUCAAACAGGCUAAGACAGUCAUACCUAUCAAAGAUUAAGUUUACCGUAACAUUUUAUUUAAAACAUAUUCACAUUUUCUAAGCCAAUCAAAACAAUGCUAUGCAAACUUUUCAAAAGGCACUUUUGAAAGGUACGCUAAUGUGUAUAACCCAUACCGCCUUCAACUGUUAAAGCAUCCAUUGCAUCCUAUGGAAGGCUUGCAACAGUUGUUGAAAAACCUUCCCUGGUUGCCUGGUACUGUGUAUGUGCACAUUCAAUACAGAAACUGAGGGGCAUAUGACAUGGAUUUUGUAAUUUGUUAACUAACACAUAAUGUUUUGUAUUUUAAUUUGACUUAUUUUCUCUCUUAAAAUAAUAUUCAGAUUCAUUACAGAUUGGGAUGUAGGAAAACCUUUAUCCUAUGGUUGAAUGGAUUGAUUAGAUAGCUUCUAAGAUUCCUAAAGCAAAAAGAUAAAUUACAGAAGGAUGGCUGGAUACUAUCUCCUGAUAAGAAAAAGUUUCUUAGUGUCAACUGCCAUCUGGUUAUCUAACUUUAAACAAGCUUUGUGGUUGGUUUAUUGUGCAAGGAGUGGUUAUUCUUAUCUUGUCCAACCAAUUUUCCUCUUUCAUUUUUCUUUGUUGUGUUAAUUUUAAAAAAGAAUGUAAGAUGGGUCUCAAGGUUCUCCUGUUCAUAGGGAGAUCUCACUUUAUCAGGAUACCGUAAUAGAUGGUGUUUAAAUGAUCUUCUCACUUGGUUGCUUAUUAGGAAGGUAAACCAAGAACCUAGGGCCAUCAAAAUAAAAAAAAAAAGUAGCUCUUGAAGCAGCUGCAAAGCAUUCUAAAGAAUGUAAUGCUUUAAUAUUUCAUGGAGGGGGGCUUCACUUAUCCUUGACACAGUUUGUGAAGCAUCUUUGUCUAACACUUUUGCAUAGCCCUAACACAUCUCUUCCUCUGUAACAUUUAUCUUAGUGUUUCUCCCAUUUGUGUCUUUUCAUAGCACUAUGCCCUAGCAAUAUCUGCCAUCAUCUUAUUGUCAGUCAAAACAUUUAAAUUGUCCUUAGCAGUAUUGGUGUUAAUAUUGUGUUUUCCUCCUAUUCUGACACUAAGAACAAACUCAAGAUGCACAAAAUCUGUUGGGAUUUGUAACCCACCCUGAAGAGCUUGGAGGAAGGUUCAGGAAGGGACUGGCAAGUGAGAAAGAAAAUAAAAGUUUUCUGCCCACUCAAAGAUAGAUGAAUGGCAUUUCAGCUCAACAGUGGGGAAAGGCCCUUAAUUAGUUUAUGAUUUUAGUGCUGAAUUUUAUAAUAAACAUUAUGGUAUAUGAUUUUUUUCAUGAAAAUUAUUUAAAUCACAUAAUCAUGUAAAAUGACAUCUCUUUCCUAGUUUGCUAAAUGUACUAUGUCACAUUAUUUUGGGACUUUAUAAAAAUGAUAAUUUGCAGAAUAAAGUUACUUAAAACUC